AUGAUUCAUUCUGAUAAUAAAAUCUCUCUUGUAUUUUAUUGUUAUGGAGAAUUAAAUAAAAAUAUUUUACUUAUGCAAAGAAAAGGAUUUGUUGAUAAAGGAAAAACAAGUGUCAUUGUUCAUAAUGGAAUACCAACUGGGGGAGAGGACUUUAUUCAUAAGCAAGCAAUUCAAUCAAAGGGGUCUAUGUUAUUGGUAUUAGAUGAUUUAAUGGUGGGUAUAGAUCAACGCCUUAUUGAAACAAUAUUUACAAGGGGGUCCCAUAAUUGGAAAAUCAGUGUAAUUCUUAUUAGUCAACACUUAUUUAAUAAAGAGCUUAAAAUACCUCGUAAUAAUUCUCACUAUUUAUUAUUAAUGAGAAACCCCGCAGGAGCUUUACAAAUUAGAACCCUUGCCAUGCAGCUUUUUCCUUCUCGCUCAAAAUAUUUUUUAGAAGCUUAUUGGGAUGCAACAAAAGAUAAUUUUGGUUAUUUAUUGGUUGAUAUUCAUCCAAGCACUCCUGAAGUUCUAAGACUGAGAACACAUAUAUACCCAAAAGAGAAUGCAAUUAUUUAUCUUCCAAAAUGA